UAUUCGGCUUCAGGAUGCAGUAGUGGUUACAUGUUGAGAAAACGAGCUCACUAUUGUAUCGUCCUUCGUAGAAACAUCACCGGCAUGUCGGUAACUGUCAUCACCAUGGAGGCGGACGAGGCUGCUUCUAGGAUAGACACAACUGACAUUCACUUCGGAGUUGCGGACUGGACCAUAUUUGUCAUCAUGUUGGCAGCGUCUGUACUCAUCGGGGUGGUCAGCGCUGUGAGGGACCGUGGACGCUCCAGCACUCAAGAGUUCCUGCUAGGGGGUAGAAACAUGCCACCCAUCGCUGUAGCAUUCUCCCUGCUCGGAGGCUGGGUCUCUGCCAUCUCCAUACUGGGUAACCCGACGGAGAUCUACUUCCAUGGUACGCAGCUCAGCACCACCCUACUCGGCUUCAUACCCGCCGUCAUUGUCAUGCAUCAGAUCACCAUUCCUAUCUUCUACAACCUCAAGAUGUUUUCCAUCGCUGAGUACUUGGAGCUGCGAUAUGGGAGCGCUGCACUGCGGAAGAUGGGCACCACUUUGAUCCUCAUGAACUUUUGCGUUUACAUGGGCAUGUGCCUCUAUGCUCCGGCUCUCGCCCUCGCCACUGUCACCAACAUCUCUCCUGUCAAUUCCAUCGUCAUCGUGGGAGUUAUCGUUACCUUCUACAUCACUAUCGGCGGCGUGAAAGCAGUGGUGUACACAGACGUGAUGCAAACAGUGCUGAUGUUCGGUGGGGUGUUGGCCGUGGUUAUGCUGUGCUGCAUGGAACUGGGCGGAGUCGAAGAGGUGUGGGCCAUAGCAAAGCAAGGCGGUCGACUGGAAUUCUUCAACCUGGACACCGACCUCCACGUCCGCCAUACCUUCUGGUCUACCGUCUGCUUUGGUUUCUUCUUGGGGAUUAAUUUCGUCGCAAUAGAGCAGUCAGUUUACCAGCGACUUGCUUCCGUUAGAAGCCUCAGUAUUUCCAGAAGACUGGCGUGGUUCUUCCUGGCUGGCCUCUGGUGUUUGUGGAUCAUGUUUUUCUUCUCCGGUCUGGUCGCCUACGCCACCUACAGUACUUGUGAUCCCUUCACCUCAGGCAAGAUCAAAAAGCCGGACCAGAUCAUUCCCUUCCUAGUCACCGACAAGCUAGGUCACAUUCCCGGCCUGUCCGGUGUCUUCGUGGCGGCUGUGUACGGCGGAGUGCUUAGUUCCCUCUCUUCUGCGGCUAAUUCAGCGGCCUGCGUGGCGUGGCAAGACUUCCUGAAGCCUCUGCCCUACUUCAGUGGCCUCAAGGAGUCCUCCGCGAUGCAUAUUAUUAAGGCUUUAUCUUGUUUUACAGGCAUCCUCGCCAUUGGAGUCGGGAUACUCGUCGGCAAUUUGGGAAAUAUCUUCCACGUUAUUAAUAGUCUGAAUAGCGCCAUUGCGGGACCGCUCAAAGGACUGUUCCUGGCCGGCAUGUUGUUACCCUGGGUUAACACUAAGGGUGCUGUUAUGGGACUCCUGGUGUCCUUCUGCUUCAGUAUAUGGCUGGUGGUAGGUAAGUUCUUAAAUGGGGGCGGGUCCCCACCGCAGCUGCCCCUCUCUGUAGAUGGUUGUCCUGUCUUCUCAAACUAUACCCUGGAUGUCUUCACCACAAUCGCUACUACGCCAGUCGCCUCCACCAUCUUUCCUGAGCACAUGGAGAAGGAAAAAAGCAUAUACGACAUCUCCUACUGCUACAGCGGCACGAUCGCAUUCCUCAUCACCAUGGUCUUCAGUGCAGUUGUGGCGUUACUAACAGAACCUACCCGCCCUGAGGAGUUGAGAGAAGGGGUAGUGAAUCCAACAUGUGAGCGGCUUUACCGAAGAUUGUACAACGCGUACAAUCUUCGCACGCGCACGAGAGUCUCAUGCAGCCAGGAACCAACAGAGAUGCCAAAAGACGGCUUCAAGAUGCUGCCUCAGUCUGACACUAACCUCCACAGCCCACAGUGACACGCAACACUCUUUUCACUAUUCCCGGCAAGGUGGAGAGAGAGAGAGAGAGAGAGAGAGAGAGAGAGAGAGAGAGAGAGAGAGAGAGAGAGAGAGAAACUGUCACUCACAGACCAGUGCCCAUAUUAAUAAAGACUCAUAGCAGUACAGUUAGAAUCACUCAUACGGGUGCUUUCAUCCUCAACUUUGUUCCUAGAAGUUGCUUCUAAAAGCAACUUUUACUUUCAGAAGUAAAUGUUACUCCUAGGAGAAAUGCCGCUAAUGUAGGUGUUAAGGCGGGUUCACACUUAGCAAUUCGCUGCUGAAUUGCCACCCGCCACAAGCUAGCAAUACCUAGCAAUACAUCCUCCCGCCUAGAUGUACGUUCACACAGGCGGUUGGGAAGCGGCGGCUGGUUGGCGGAAAAUUAUUAUGGACAAACAGCAACUCAGCAAGAUGUCUUCCUCCAGCGACGAUGCCGAAGUAAUGGUUGCAUUUCUUUUGGCGUACUGGAAGCUAAAAAAAAAAAAAAAAAAAAAAAAAA